AUGAUAUGUAACAAUCAGCGAGAGUUUGACAAUUCACUUAAGUGUUACCAAACCGCGCUAGUAACUUCACAAUGGACCGUACGGAUUCGAAACCUAAAUUGGGUUUUACAAGAGAAGGUGAAAAGUCUUUACGUCGAAUAUCAGAUUUGGCGUGGUAUCGAUCAAACUAACAAAGCAAACCCUAAUACUCUUCGAACAAACCUAGACCAAGUUCUUGCUCAACUCGAAACGUUUCCAACCGCUUCAGCGUCUCCCAUCGACUCUGGUUCCGCAGGUCAACUAACUCCCUUCCAUAGAUCUCACUUUCACCCAUACAAAGACAAUAAGAGAAUGAGAUUUCCUUCUAAUAAAGAAGGAGGACUUUGCAACUCUCUUCUUUCUUCACAUUACGAAUGGUGUUGA